AUGCAGUCGACUUGCCAGCAACAACAGGCUCAGCCAGGUCAGAAUGGAACUUCCGCCAGUAGAACCUCGUUUUUGAUCGAGGAUAUCUUGAGUCGUGGCACCGCGCCACCGCAUUCUCAUCAUCAACUUCAUCAUCAGCAUCUCACGUCUAAUCACGGGGUGCAGCAUCAACAGUAUCAACAAUUCGCCAGUCUAUUGCCUGGCUACCCUUCCGCACCGCCUACGGCGGCUUUUUUCUUGGGACCACUUUUUGGUAACACUGCGAUGGGGGUUGGUGUGGUGCCAGGGGUUAGUGAACUUGCGGCCUUGAAGCACUGUCGUCGACGAAAGGCACGAACAGUGUUCAGUGAUCAACAAUUAGCGGGUUUAGAAGCCCGAUUCGAGGUGCAGAGGUACCUCAGCACGCCGGAAAGGGUCGAGCUUGCGGCGGCUCUUCACCUAUCGGAGACCCAAGUGAAAACGUGGUUUCAAAACCGGAGGAUGAAGCACAAGAAACAAUUGAGGAAAUUGAGCACCAGCGCGGGAAGCAACGGCAAUCAGAAUUCCAAUCAGCAAUGCACUGGUCAAUCUGUUUCUGUUACAUCACCGGCUGAACGACCAGUGGACUUUUCUCUGAGCGGCGGCCGGGAAUCCCGAGCGAGCAGCGACGCUCCGGUGGAUUCCGACGACGACGAGAUCGACGUUCUGGGCGACGAGACGCCAUCGCCGACGCGAACCAGCAACAUCCACGUCUCGAGACGCGCCGGUUCUCCGACGAGUUUUCAUCAGAUCACGCAUCCCCAUUCGGUUAGCCUGUCGUCUCAUCAACCGCAACACGGACAAACUAUUCAACGUCAACAUCGCUGA